AUGCAAGGUCUCCGUUGCGCAAGCCAUGGCAGGGCUUGCACCCAUACAUUGCAGCUGCUGGCCUUGAGCGUCGUUCUGGCCCUGCGAUUCAGCCGACCGACUGCCCUUGUUUUUGCUCAUACAGGAGCUAUCCGGUCUGCAAGGCGGCAAGCUGGGACGGUCAAGCGAAGAGCUCGAGACCUGACAGAAGCGUCGAAUGACAUACCUCCGGAACUGGAAAGAUCCCACGGUACAAGCGAAUUGGCACAGAAGUAUGAGCAACUCUGGAAUCUUCUAGCCGACCGCGAGCCAGCCAGUGUGGAUAUCCCUUCAGAAUUGCACGAAGUUGGACCGCCGACACCUCGACCUGCUUGGCAAGAGUUGGGAAGGUUGGUCACGGCAUUCGAGACACCAAAGUCACUACAUGGCGACAAGUGGGUGACAAUCCGCUUGGAUGGCUGCAUGUUUGGUACUCUGACCAAGCGCAUGAGAGAGGCUGGUUUGAUCGGACCGGGCUAUUCGGAUGACCUCGGUGAAAUCAUGCAGCUUUGCUGCCGAGCCAUGCUGGAUGAGUUCAAAGGCAACUUAGCUUACACCCACAGCGACGAGAUUACGAUUUUACUCACCCCACGUCUCACAACAGCAGCUGGAGCGGCACGGGACUGGCCUCACGGGGGCCGGGUCCAGAAAUGGCUGAGCAUCGGUGCCAGCGUCGUCACCGCCUUGUUCAAUCGCAAGUUAGCACAGAUGGCAGAGGAGCGUGGGCUGCAGCUCCCUGACGACAUCAUUGCACAUUUCGACUGCAGAGUGGGAGAGUUCGAUUCUUUACAGGAUGCCCUUGCCUUGAUGCUCUGGCGCGCGUUUGAUUGCAGCGUCAAUUGUGUCCAAGAUGGCGCACAUCAUGCCGGUGCUCCGAUAGACGUGGUUCGCAGUGAUUUCUCUGAAAAGCUUAAAUGGCUUCACAAAGCUGGGCUGUUGCCUUUGAAGCCUCAUCAGGCCUACGGCAGCUUGUUUGUCCGGACCAUGGGUGAGUUUGACGCUCUGGUCCCGAGCACAAACGAAACGGUCAGAGUAACGAGACGUGUGAACGUCAAGGUGAAUGACGGCGCACACGGUCCACGAAACCUCCUUCUGCUUCCCAGAUAUGGCAUGUCCUUCCUGCCCUCCGACGGCGACCCUCGCAUGGAGCUGCGAACCGGCAGCUUUUGGCGCUAUGCCGGUCCUUCUGGCACCGGACAGGAGAGCAAUCGCGAGGAUGAUUCAAGAGAUGACAGAUUAUUGCGCGCAAUGGGCGGCCUGCUAGACAGGCCUUUGAAAGAGAAGCGGAUUGACACGGGAGGCGAUGAGCGGAUGGAAUGGGUAGCAGCAGAUAUGCAGGGCUGGAGACCAGAUAUGGAGGACGAGCACAUCGCAAGCUCGAACGUCGGAGACGAGUUUGCGGGCUGUGGCGUUUACUGUGUUUUCGAUGGCCACGGUGGCAAGGCUGUCUCAAAGUUUUGCAAGCAGCAAUUCAUGCCUGAGCUUAUCCAGACCACGGCAAGCAUGGGGCGGUCCAAGUUCGGCAAGAACAAGAACAAGAAGCGCCAUUGCGGCGUCCAUCUGGAAGCGUCAGAUUUGGAGGAAAUCCUCAAGGCCUCGUUUCACAGAAUGGACGAUCAACUGCGCGAGCCAGCCAACGCGAAGGUGCUGGCACGUUUUAUGGGCAAAGUCCCGACGGGUGCCAUCCAGGAGUUGGAGAAGAAGCUCGCUAACAUGCACCAGCGCUCUCAGACAGGAAAACUGUUGGACGGAGAGCACAGUGAAAUGAAGGAGUCGUUCAUCAAGUUGCAGAAACUCAAGCAGGCAGAGAAGGGUGAUGAGUUUGUUCCGGAUACGGUGGGCUGCACGGCCGUGUGCGUCGUGGUUCGCAAGCAGGAUGUGAUAACAGCAAAUGCCGGGGACAGCCGUGCAGUGAUGUGCCGGGCUGGGAAAGCAUUGGAGCUUUCGUACGACCACAAGCCUGCAUCUGAGACCGAAAAGAGCCGGAUCGAGGCCGCAGGCGGCACUGUGGAGGACAGUCAAGGUGUUCCCCGCGUGAACGGGAAUUUGAAUCUCAGCCGUGCCAUUGGCGAUCUGGAGUACAAGAAGCGAACCGACCUGCCUCCGCAGGAACAAGUGAUAUGCUCCACCCCGGAUGUGGUGGUUCGCGACUUGACGGCGGAAGAUGAGUUCAUCGUUCUGGCAUGCGACGGCAUUUGGGAUGUCAUGUCCAACCAGGACAUUUGCGACUUUGUGAGGCCACGGCUCGAAAAAGGCUUGGAGCUAAAGGCCAUUGCAGAGGAGCUAUUGGAGCAUUGUUGUUCCGAGGACCCGAGCAAGACCCAGGGACUUGGCACGGACAACAUGACCGUGGUUAUUGUAAAGCUGAAGGAAUCUCCGGCUGCGUAG